AUGUCGCGCGAGGACGACGCGGACGACGCGGUGGACGCGCCCGCGCGCGCGACGUCCUGGCUCGACGGCCUGGGCACGCGCCUGCGCGAGACGGCGAGCGUGGUGACGGAAAAACUCGACGCCAUGGAUGACCAACUCGAUUCGUUCGCGCGACGCGCGCUCGGCGACGACGACGAGGAAGGCGCGGAUCGCGCGCUGAGCGACGGCGAUGCGUUCGCGGGCGCGCGCGAGGGCGAGUUCACGAACGAUGAGAUCGACGCGCUGCGACAGGCGUUGUCGAUCGCGAAACAAGAGUUGAACGCGCGGGACGAACAGUUGCGAGAGGCGCGAGACGACGCGGGAAAGAUGCGAGAGACGGCGAUCAAGGCGGCGAAGGAGCUGGCGAAGGAACAGCGGAAACGGAAGGCGGCGGAGGCGGAUGGCGCGGGUGGGACGACGACGGGCGAAAGCGCGAUGGUGGAGGUUGAAAAGUUGAAGGCGGAUUUGGAAGACGCGGAGACGGCGACGCGGCGCGCGCUCGAGGACGCGGCGAAGAUGGAGAAGGAGUUACGCGACGCCGAGGCGGCGACGGCGACGGCGAGAGCUGAGAUCGACGAUGCGAAAUCUGCGGCGGUGAAGGAGGUGGAGGCGCUGCGCGCCGAGCUCGCGAGUGUGAUGGAGAAACUGCAAACGGCGGAGCGCGAGGCGAACGAAAAGAGCGAGAGUUCGUCGCCGCAACAAAACGCCGGCAGUCGCGGCGGUCGAGGAAAAAAGGGGAAGAAGGGCGGUCGAGGUGGCGGCGCAUCAGACGCCUCACCCGUAGCCAGCGCGGCGCACGCGGAAGAACUCGAAAAAAUACGCAAAGAUCUCGAAAGCGUCAAAGUCGAGCGAGACAAUCUCCGCGCCGAGGCGGAGGCGUCUCGAGCGAGCGCGGAGAAGGCUGCGAAAGAACACGUCGAGGUUUUGGAGCGCGUGCGCGCCGAAGCGGCGAGCGCAAAUGAUUCCGCGACCGGUGAAGAAGCGGCAAAGCUUCAGCAGGCUGAAUCGCGCGCCGCGACGUUAGAAGACCAACUCGCCGCGGCGACGACGACGGAGAAGGAGUUGCGAAACGAGCUCGCGAAAAUGAACGAUCGCGCGAAGGCGUCGGAAUCUGAAAUCGCGAGCUUACGCGACGAAUUGACGGACGCCAUCGCGGCGAGAGAAGACGCAGAAGGCGCUGUGUCUCGCGGCGCCGUGAACGCGGCGAACGCGAACGCGAAGAUGGCGGCGGCGGAAAAAGCCAAGACGAAGGCUGAAGCCGAGCUCGCCGAGUUGCGUAAGCAGGUGCAGCUCAUGGACGCCACCGGUCGCGAAGCGGCGACGUCCAUCGCGGCGCGCGAAAAGGCCGAGCUCGCACAGCAGCGCGCGGAGACAAAGCUUGCGUUAGCAGAAAAGGAAGUGGAGGAGGCGCGCGCGCAAUCCGAAAAAGCCGCACGAGAGGGCGAAGAGCGAAAGCGACGAUUCGCGCACGUACAGUCGCAAUUUCAAGUCACCGAGAAAGAGUUACGCGAGAAGCUCGAAACAUUUGAGUCCGAGUUGAAAGUUCUUCGAGCGAACGCGGACGAGGCGGAGAAAAUGAAAGAGGAUGCGGUGUCCAUCGUUGAAGAGACGCAGGCUGACGCCGCCGAGACGAAGGAGGCGCUGACGGCGGUCACGGCCAAGGCGGAAAGGCUCGAGCGCGCGCUCGAGACGACUGAAGCUGCGGCGUCUGAAGCGCGAACCAAGCUCGGUGUUUUGGAAGAGAUGGAGUCUUUGCGCAAGACGCAACCCGUCCCGGAGCCAUCCCGUCCAGUUUCCAAAAAGUCGGCCUCCACGCAAACCGACGCGACGCGAAAAGAACCCGUCGCGCCGCCGGUCGCGCGCGACGACGGCAAUGCGCGUAAACGUCUCAUCGGCAUCAUGGAACGCCUGGACAUUCCUACUUCAACUUCUUCGCCGGCGCGCGCGAAAGAAGAAGGCGCCGGUAUCGGGAUGCUCAUGGGCAUGUUCAUGGGCUCCGAUGAGAAGGACGAAAACGCCGACGACGCCGCGGCGACGCCGCGAGAUGAUUUGGACAGUUUGUUCGAUCGCAUCGAAACUUGGGCGAGUGACGAACGACGCGCAUCGCCCGCAUCGGCGCCGUCGUCUAACGUCGCCCGAGACACCGCGAGCGCGGAAGAAGUCGAGCGUCUCCGCGCCGAACUCGCCGCGCUCAAGGCGGACGUCGGCGAGCGUUCCGCGGCGUCGCUCGCCGCCGUCAACCGUCGCGCGCAAGAGGCCGAGCGCGCCGCCGCCGACGCCAAAGCCAAGCUCGCACCCUUAGAAAAAGCCAAUCGCGAACUCGCGUGGCAAAUUUCUUUGCUCGCCGAGCAAGACGAAACCAAGACGCGCCCCGUGCUCGCGCAGAGCGGUUGGUUCGCGCGCGCCGUCACCGGUUGCACCGCGCCUCGAAGGCCGCCGCCGCGUUCGUCCGUCUUGCUCCAAAACGAUCUCUCGCGUUCGUAG